AUGAUUCUGUCUUUCCUUCGAAACCCAAGAUCUUAUGUUGAAACAUACAUUACUAGUCAAUUUGUUGUAUCAAUCUCAUCAUCAUCAUCAUCAUCAUCAUCAUCAUCAUCAUCAUCAUCAUCAUCAUCAUCAUCAUCAUCAUCAUCAUCAUCAUCAUCAUCAUCAUCAUCAUCAUCAUCAUCAUCAUCAUCCAAAGCAUCAUCAUCAUCAUCAUCCAAAGCAUCAUCAUCAUCAUCAUCCAAAGCAUCAUCAUCAUCAUCAUCCAAAGCAUCAUCAUCAUCAUCCAAAGCAUCAUCAUCAUCAUCAUCAUCCAAAGCAUCAUCAUCAUCCAAAGCAUCAUCAUCAUCAUCAUCCAAAGCAUCAUCAUCAUCCAAAGCAUCAUCAUCAUCAUCCAAAGCAUCAUCAUCAUCAAACCAACAUCAUGUUGCAUAUAGGAGAGUGUCUAGAAAACUAAGGACAGAGUAA